UAUGGCAUGUGGUACAGGAUGUACAACCUGUACAGUAGAUACAUCUGGAGUUUCUGCUACAACUGAUAACAAAUGUACAGUUUGUCAAUCUGGUUAUGCACUCAAUAAUGUAGGACUGUGUAUUCAGUGUCCUACAUCACCACAGGCCUGUUCGGAAUGCAGAAUUGAUCCUGAUGAUCAAACAAGAACACUAUGUCUAUCAUUUGGAUGUGGAGCUGCUGCUCUAAGAGAUAGUGAUUUCACUUGCGAUACAUGCGCCUCUCUUACUGGUUGUGACAUUUGUGUUAAACAAAUUGGUGAUACUCUGAAAUGUUUGAAAUGCAAUUCUGGAUAUUAUAUGGAUAGUAAUAGUGUAUGUCAGACAUGUGUAUCUGGAUGUGAUUUCUGUGUAGAUGGAACAACUUGUAUCCCCAAUGGUUGUAAGGACGGAUUUAUCAGACAUAGAACAGAAGGAACUUGCACACCAUGUACGGGAAGUGGAGUUUCAAGAUGUGCAUACGAGACAGCAACUAGUGAUACUCUCAUACCAAAGAUAUGCAAAACAGGAUAUAAAUUAAACACUGCUAUUUCACCAGUAGCAUGUGAAAAGUGUGAUCCUAAUUGUAAAAGCUGCGAAACAAAUGGAAAAGACAAGUGUGAUUCAGGACAAUGUAAUUCUGGUUAUUUCUUUGAUUCUAGUGAUCAAAAGUGUUACAACAAUAAAGCUGGUUGUCUUGCUUCAACUAGAAGUAAUGGAAAGAUCACUUGUUCAUCAUGUAAUACAGCAACUUCGGUACUUUCCAAUGGUGAAUGUAAAACAUGUCCUACUGGUUGUAGUGGAUGUUCAUUUGAUGCUCAAACAAGCAAAUUUACUUGUUCAUCUUGUAUAGCAAAAUAUUACAAAACAUCUGAUAAUUUGUGUUUGCCUUGUCCAACUGGUUGCAGUGCUUGUUCUCUCAAUGGAGCAUCAGUUGAAUGUACAAGUUGUCUUGCAACAUAUGGUUUGAAAGGAACUGCGUGCGAAUUAUGUGGUAUUGGAGAAUGUCAAACAUGUUCUGUUCCAUCUGGUGGAAGUGGUUUGGUUUGUUUAACAUGCUCAAAUAAGUUUUAUUUGAAUAGUGAUGAUUGUGGUCAAUGUCCGAAAUUCUGUAAAGAAUGUUCAUAUAAUCAAAAAUAUGAAUGUACAAAGUGUUAUGAUAGAUAUGCAAAGGCAUCAGAUGGAACAUGUGUACCGUGCCCAUCAAACUGUGAAACAUGUACAGCCAAUGCAGAUAAGACAACAAGAUGUACAAAAUGCAUAUCAAAGUCAUUUUCUUUAAAAACUGAUGGAACUUGUGUACCAUGUUUGGAAGCUGUUUUUGCUAAUUGUGCAACUUGUGGACCAACUCCUUCAGGUGGAAAAGCGAAAUGUGAUAUGUGUAGUGGAGGAUUUAUCCUGCAAGAUGAUAAACUAGCAGAAUGUGCAAGAAAAUGCUUUGAAUGCAGAGGAAAUAGAACUGAUUGUGGAAAUGAACUUUCUAAUGUAAAGGAAGAAACAGCAAAUGUGAAAUUAAUAGAUUGUGGAGUUGGUGAUUGUUGGGCUUAUACAACAGAGACUUUAGGAUCAAUAACAUUUUCAAGAGGAUGCUCAAACGAAACUUGUUCACCUCUUUAUGAAAAUGAAAAUUGUAAAGCUGUACCUGGAAAGAAAGAAUGUAAACAGUGCUGUAGAGGUGAAAAAUAUUGCGCCUCAGCAAUACUACAUUGCAAAACUUUUAAAUAUUCAAGUAGUACAUGUAAAUGUAAAUCUAUUGGAUGCAUUAGUGAUGGGACUUCUACAGUUAGGCCUACUGUACUUGAAAGUGCAACUGGUACUCAAGCCUGUGGUAGAGAGUUUCCAAAUGCAAUCUGGUGUUCAGGUGCUUCGGACAGACCAAAUCCGAAACCAAUUUAUACUUGUAAAAAUGGAUACAUUAAAUCUGACACCACACCAAAUACUCGUUUAGGUGAAGCUGAACAUAUUGUGAUUCAGGUUAUGUUUUGGCAGGUGCAAUGUGUACUGCUGAAGUGGCAAACUGUAAAUCAGGCUGCAUAUGCUGUUCUCAAGAGUGACUUUAGAUAA